AAUGCGAGAAGUAGAAAAGCUGCAAUCCUAUCAGAAAAUUUAAAGGUAGUUGGUACUACAAUCAUACAGGAUUGGACCAACCCAUAGGCUGGAAUUGAGAUGAUGCUAGGUCAAAUUAUGCAUAUAAUGGCUCAAAGUAAGAAAGAAGGCAAAAGCUGCAUUCCUAACAAAAUAUUCAUUUUGGUAUUUAGGAUGCUCAGCUAUGAUCUGCUCAAAGAUUCCUAGGAUGCUCAGCUCUAUUCUAUUUUAGAAUUGAAGCUGCAAUCCUAAGGAAAGGGAAAUUUUAUACACUGGUCUUCAAAUGACUGGAAAAAGAGUUCAAAAACAAGCCGAAAAGAAAAAGGUCAUCUUUACAAGGGCAGAAAAAUAUGUCAAAGAAUACAGAGGAAAGGAACGUGACCAGAUCCGUCUCCAGAGACAGGCCAAGAAAGGAAACAACUUCUAUGUGCCUCCAGAAUCCAGACUGGCUUUUGUUACCAGAAUCAGAGGUAUCAAUGGUGUUCAUCCCAAACCAAGGAAGGUUAUGCAGCUUUUCCGACUACGACAGAUCAACAAUGGUACAUUCAUGAAACUGAACAAAGCUACCAUCAACAUGCUGAGAAUUGCUGAGCCAUACAUUACAUGGGGCUAUCCCAACUUGAAGAGUGUACGAGAAUUGAUCUACAAGAGAGGAUAUGCUAAAGUUAGAGGACAGAGAAUACCACUGACAGACAACUCUAUCAUUGAGAAAAGUUUAGGUAAACAUGGAAUCAUCUGUAUGGAAGAUUUGAUCCACGAAAUUGUGACAGUAGGACCAAGCUUCAAACAGGCUUCCAACUUCUUGUGGCCCUUCAAACUAAACACACCAAAUGGUGGUUGGAGAAGGAAGUAUAACCAUUUCAAUGAUGGUGGAGACUUUGGAUGCCGAGAGGACCAGAUCAAUCCUUUAUUGAGGAAAAUGGUCUAAAUACAAAGACUUUAAGCAAAUUAAAAAAAGAAAAACCUAAAA